GCCGCUCACACGGGCGGGGAGAGCGGCGGAGGGCGCUCGGGGCCGGCGCAGCCGGACAGCGGCCGCGGGGACGCGCCAGCCGCGCCGCUCCACGCACCUCGCCUUCCCUCUGCUCAGCCGCCUCGAAAGUUUUGUCCGGGGAGCGCCCGCGGCGCGGGCCGGGCACCCAGCAUGGGCGCCGGCGGUGCCCGCCGGGGUUGGCGCUGAGGGCGCUGCGGGCGCGGAGCGAUGGACAGCUAACGGCGGAGGAGCUCCGCAGCCCGGGCCGGGCGGGACGAGGCCGGGGCCCCGGCAGCCCCGGGCCGGGCGGGACGCGGCCGGCGCCCCGGCAGCCCCGGCAGCCCCGGGCCGGGCGGGACGCGGCCGGCGCCCCGGCAGCCGCCCGGCAUGGCGCGGGCGGCCCGGCUGCUGCUCGGAGCGCUGCUCUGCGGAGUGACGGAGUGUCGAGGGGUCUUGGACAACAACCAGCGAUUUUCUUCACUACCAACCUACCUACCUGUGAGCUAUCGGCUCUUCAACGCCGAGACGUCUUUCUUCCUCAAAGAAGCCAACCAGGACUUCAUGAGAAAUUCCAGUUUGCAGUCCAGGGUGGAGUCCUUCUUCCCAUACAAAGCCAAGAGACCGCCCGUGUUAAACGCCAGCUACGGACCCUUCUCCGUGGAACAAGCGGUGCCCCAGGACCUCAUGUUGACUUCCAGCUCCUUUGGAUCCGCCAACAAAUUCACCUACAACUGGAAGCUCCAGGCCUACAUCAUGAGCACCAAGAUCUACCUGAGCAAGCCGCGGGUGCAGGUGCUGUUCUACAUCGUGGGCAGGGACUGGGACGAGUACAGCCCCGCGGAGCGGCUGCCCUGCCUGCGCGUGUUCGCCUUCCGCGAGACGCGCGAGGUGCGCGGCAGCUGCCGCCUGCGGGGCGACCUGGGGCUCUGCGUGGCACAGCUGGAGCUGCUGCCCGCCUGGUUCAACCCCCCCACCGUGCUCACGGGCAGGAAGAAGCCCGCGGAGCAGCUGGAGGGGAGCCCUGUGGAGCUUUACUACACGGUGCAGCCCGGGGACGAGAAGGGCGAGUGCACGGCCGAGGACAUCCGCAAGGGCAACGCCAUCCGGCCCGGGAAGGAUGGCGUGGAUGAAACCAUGUCCCACCUGCAGAGGAUCGGCUCUGUCAGCCUCUACCGGGGCCAGGAGGCCUCCCAGCUGACGGAGCUGCGGCUGGACAGCAACGUUGUGGUGUGGCUGCCCUCCAAGCCCGUCAAACAAGGCGAGGUGGUGAAUGUGUACGUGACAAUUGCCAACAAUUCCACGGUGGAUCAGUUCAUUCUCAGGGCCAAGGUGAAGAAAGGUGUGAACAUCCUUGGGGCCAGGACGAGUGACCCCCGGCAGUGGGACGUGAAGCAGGAGGUGGGCAAUGGUGGCAAGCACUCCACCACCACAGUACUGUGUCAGAGGAUAGCCCCCAGUUCCAGGAACAGGAGCACCAGCCUGUUCCACGAGGUCGUGCAGCUGGAGUUCGAGAUCGCCAGCUUCAGCAGCCUGUCGGGCACGCAGCCCAUCAGCUGGCAGGUGGAGUACCCCCACCGUGGCACCUCCGAGCCCGCCCUGGCCGAGAUCUUCAUCUGCCAGAAGGACCUGGUGGGCAUCGUGCCCCUGGCCAUGGACACGGAGAUCCUGAACACGGCCAUCCUCACGGGCAGGACGGUGGCAGUGCCCAUCAGGGUGGUGUCCAUCGAGGAGAACAGUGCUGUGACAGACAUCUCCGAGUCUGUGGAGUGCAAAUCCUCGGGGGAGGACGUCAUUAAAGUCUCUGACAGGUGUGACUAUGUUUUUGUCAACGGCAAGGAGAUGAAAGGCAAGGUGAACGCCCUGGUGAACUUCACCUACCAGUACCUGAGCGCUCCCCUGCAGAUGACAGUGUGGGUGCCACGCCUGCCCCUGCAGAUCGACAUCUCCGACACGGAGCUCAGCCAGAUCAAAGGCUGGAGAGUCCCCGUUGUGUCCAACAAAAGGCCCACCAGGGACAGCGAUGACGAGGACGAGGACGAGCGGCGGGGCAGGGGCUGCACCCUGCAGUACCAGCACGCCAUGGUCAGGGUGCUGACACAGUUUGUGGCCGAGGACUCGGGGCCCUGGGGCCAGCUGAGCUACCUGCUGGGCUCGGACUGGCACUUCGACAUCACCGACCUGGUCAGGGACUUCAUGAAGCUGGAGGAUCCACACGUGGCCAGGCUGCAGGAGGGCAGGAUCCUCAUCGGCCGGGAAGUGGGCAUGACCACCAUGCAGGUUUUGUCUCCUCUGUCUGACUCCAUCCUGGCAGAGAAGACAGUGACUGUGCUGGAUGACAAAGUGACCAUCACAGACCUUGGAGUGCAGCUGGUGUCUGGGCUUUCUCUCUUCCUGCAGCCCAGUGCAGCCACCAGCAGGGCCAUCGUGGCCACGGCCGUUGCCCAGGAGCUGCUCCACACUCCUAAGCAGGAAGCCGUGGUGAGCACCUGGAUCCAGUUCAGCGACAGCUCCGUUACCCCCCUGGACAUCUACGACCCCAAGGACUUCUCUCUGUCGGCCGUGUCGCUGGACGAAGCCGUGGUGUCCGUGCACCAGAGUCCUGCCCUCAGGUGGCCCGUGGUGGCGGCGGAGGGCGAGGGCCAGGGAGCGCUGGUCAAGGUGGACAUGAUGAUCUCCGAGGCCUGCCAGAAGUCCAAGAGGAAGAGCGUGCUGGCCGUGGGGAGCGGCAGCAUCAGGGUGAAGUUCGGGCAGAACGACGCGGACGCGGAGGCGGGCGGCGACUACGACGCGGACGAGAUCGAGAACCGCGCCAGCGACCGGCGCCACAAGGCCGCGGAGCACGACGGGCGCCACCACGGCGGCUCCUCGGCAGACAGGGACGAGGGGCCCCUCAGGAAGGCCAGCACCACCGCCAAGUCCGUCCUCAAAAACAAAGUCAUCAAAAACAACCGCCUGGACGGCGGCAAGCUCUCGGACGACGGCCAGCUGCAGAACAUCCCCAUCGACUUCACCAACUUCCCCGCCCAGGUGGAGCUGCCCAAAGGCGGGGCUGGCGUGGAGGACAGCGACCUGGUGCAGACACCGCGGGGGCUCAGCGACCUGGAGAUCGGCAUGUACGCCCUGCUGGGCGUCUUCUGCCUGGCCAUCCUGGUGUUCCUCAUCAACUGUGCAACGUUUGCGCUCAAGUACCGCCACAAGCAGGUGCUGGUGGAAGGACAGACCACCAUGACCCACUCCCACGACUGGGUGUGGCUGGGGAACGAGGCAGAGCUGCUGGAGAACGCGGCGGACGCGUCGCCUCAGCAGGACGAGCACACCACCAUCAUCGACCGGGGCUCGGGCGGCGAGGAGAGCAACCAGCUGCUGAACGGCAGCGCCCAGAGGAGCGCGCAGAGCCAGGGGCACAGGGCUGCAGACCCGGGGGGGAGGCUGGGCAAGGAGCACAGGGUGGAGCCUUUGCACUCGCCCACGUCCAAGAGGAAGCGGGUGAAGUUCACCACGUUCACCACCAUCCCGCCCGACGACGGCUGCCCCACCGUCAACUCCAUCCUCAGCAGCAAUGACGAUGACAUUAAGUGGGUGUGCCAGGACAUGGAGCUGGGCGACUCCAAAGAGAUCAGAAACUACGUGGGGAAGUUCAAAGACAAAGCGUAGCUCCCUGCUGGGGUGUUUUUUUGGGUUUAACCACACCUUGAUGCCUUCAGUUCUACAGUAUAUAUUGGGACGGGCGAGGGGGAGGGGAAGGGAUCGCCGGGAGAAAUGAUGAGGCAGUUUUUAUAAUCAGGGAAAGAAAUUUGCCAAACUGUCCACGGUUUGUUUUUGUUUUUGGCUUCGUUUUGUUGGGUUUCUGUUGUUUAUUUGGUUUUUUUCCCAGUGGUUAUUCUGCUACCCAUGGAUUUAGGAAGCGGAAUGCAGAAGGAAAAGAACAAGGAAAUGGUAUGACCAGUCUGAUGAACUGGGCAAGAUGGGGUUGUGAAAAUUCAUUUUAUGGGUCAUACAGAUAAUAAUGAUAGUAAUAUUUCACAGUACCAAAAAUAUCUGUAAAAACAAAUGAGAGAAUAUAACAGCAUGGAAAGAGUAAGCAAGAGGCAAACAAUAACUUGUUCUGGUUCCAAUAAAACAUCACAGUUAUGGA